UUCUUCAGCUCUGAAAUGACCAAAGAUGUGUAAAUACCUGGUUCUUGUUUUGUGCUGCGCGCUCAGUUUCACCUACGCUAGAGAAUGCAGAAAAGUCGGUGAUUGUUCAUGUGAAUACUACGACGGCACAGGAAUAAAUUUGAGACCCAUUAUCGGCCAUGCUGGUCCACCCCUGCAGGCUAACUAUGCCAAUGGGACUGUUUAUUAUUUCAGUCCUUGUGAGGAUCUGAUUUACACACCCGACAAUACCAGUAAUAAUGAUGCAGAGAGUAAUCCUUGCGCCAAAGGAUAUACGCUCUGCCAGGCUAUCCUGGCUAAUGGUACCGUAAACUACACACGGCUAGGAGAACUGAAGGAGACCCAGUUUACCAGCGACAAAGAGGGUGAUGGGCUUUAUCUCACUUAUAACAAAACGACUCAAAGUACGCACAUUAAACUGAUAUGUACCACUGAUAAGACUACGUACUUUUUUCCCGAAACAUCGGAGAAAGGAAUAACGAAGCUGCUUCUAUUCUCUCCGCAUGCCUGUCCAAUCACGAUAGAAGACUUCAGCAAACCCAGCACCGGAACUGUGCUGCUUAUCAUGUUAUUUAUUGCCUUUCUAUCGUACUUUGUCAUCGGAGCCACAGUCAAUGCACUAUACAUUGGAGCGAGAGGCAUGGAAAUUAUUCCCCAUGUGGACUUUUGGAGAGAUUUGCCUAAUCUUGUGAGGGACGGAGCACUAUAUCUACAGAACGGCUGCAGGGUCACCAGUCAAACCCCUAAUCCAGACUCCUACGAUGCCAUAUGAGAAGAUUGCCCCCCUUUUGUGUUAUUCGAAGCUUAAAGAAGAUGUUGGAUCACAAAUUGGAUUUCACUAUCCGCUAGAAAAAACUGUUCGAGCGCGUUCGACAAACGUGGAAUGGUCGAAUACUGUGAACGGACUGACAUAUUUCUUUAUUUGUACAGUUACAGUGCCGAAUAAAUUCCUAAUUUCUACUGUUACAUGCUACGUUUGUUUUGCUAUAA